AUGGAGAUCCCCAUGGGAGAAGACCCUCUUCAUAACAUUUGUUACCUGGCCUUCGAAUGCCUCGAGUUUUUCGGGAAAAUCUGGCAUGACUUCCAUAAAUCACUGGCUUCAUGGUCACAGACCCUUGAGGCUCCCAGCCCCGAAGAAAAAUUAAAUUUCCCCUUUCGAUUCCGUUCCUACAAUUUUACCAGUACUAUGAGAGAUUUCAACUUCUGGAUUGAAAUCACCGGGCUGCACUCCCAUAAGCAGGGGUCACUUGACUUUAAGACAGAGGGAACACUAGGCCUUUCAAAAGAGAUUAUAUCCUGUUUGGAAAUGAUUUCUAGGGCCUUAAAAUCAGUGUACCACCAUCAUGACAAGGCUUUGCUUGUACCAACCAUAGAAUUCAUAAGGAUUUUCAUGGAAACUACUGCGAGUGUACACAGAGCCGUAGACAAACUAUACGACUUGGGUGAUGAAUUUCGAAUUCAGUGUGUUGUCACGGAGAAAAAGAAAUUAGGUCCCAACAAGAAAGCAUGGGGAUUCGAAGGGCGUGUUAUAGUAUCGUGUCUUAUGAUUGAACACCGCGUUCGCCGCUUUGGGUUGCUACCCUCCGACUCUCAAGGGCCAGGAAUGGCAAAGCUUUUGAGACGUUCCUAUAUUGAGCAGAUAUGUUCUCUAUGGGAUGGGAGGUGA